AUGAUCGACGACCUAUUGACGACGGAGCCUAACCUGAGCUCGGGCAUCAUAGGGAGGGCUCAGGGUCUCUAUGCGCCGGCUUCACAAGAGGAGGUCGCCUUAUUACAGGCCACGAACUUGGUCUUCACGGAAGGACAGUACAAAGGCAGCACAUUGACCGUGCUAGGGAGGAACUCCAUCUUCGCAAAGGUUAGAGAGAUGCCGGUCAUGGGCGGGACCGGCGCUUUCCGGUUCGCGAGAGGCUACAUUCUCUUGAGGACCUAUGAAUUUAACAAGAAGACCUUGUACGCAAUAGUAGAAUGUGAUGUCUAUGUGUGGCAUUAG